AUGGACUCGCCGAGAUAUGUCAAGAUGCCCAACGUCACCAAGUGGGGGGAGCGGCCAGUAGGUGUGGAUCCUCGUGACUGGCCAAGCGAUGACCCAGACGAGGAGACCUGGUUGGAGUAUGACAAGCGUACGGGCCAUGUCAGCGGGUCGCAUUCUGAAUCCGAGGAACCGAUAGAGAUAUACAUGAAAAAACAUCAGAGUAGAUUUGAUGACGAGAAAGCCCGUCGACGAAGGCUGGGGCUCCCUCUGGAGCGUUUUGGCCAGCCGUGGGAUGGCCGCCCGGUAACACAAGCAGAGGCCCGCUUCACACAUACAGAGUACCAAGCACAACUUGACGCAGCUGCGGACAUCACAGAGACAGAGUACUCUGAUGACAGUGAUACUUCCGAGUCGGGCGUCAACUUAUCCUCCCAUAACGAGGGUGAUGGCACGAAGGAGACUGAUACGGGCAAUGAAGCUGAUGAUGAGAAGGAGGAGGACAACAGCGAGAGCGAGUCUGCAAGUCAAGGAUCAAUGAGUCAGUUGCCUACGCAAGUGAGAGGAUUCAUUUCAAUUCUCGAGAACCACAUCUUGUAG